GCAGACCACACCAGCUUCGUUCCAGAUUCAGAAGGUGAUCUUCUCUUCUUAUUGGACAGCUCAGGAAGUGUCACCUAUGAUGAGUUUUCCAACGUCAAAGAGUUUAUUGGGGACCUCUUGCACCCAUUCAAAUUUGGACCACAGGACGUGCAAGCUAGCGUUGUGCAGAUCAGCACUGACCCCACUCUGGAAUUCCCACUUAACCAGUACACGUCCAGCCAGGAUGUCCAAAAGGCCAUCCGGAAUGUACAGCAACGGAUGGGCGACACCAACACAGGCAAAGCACUGGAUUAUGUGAAAGAGCAGUUGUAUACAGAAAAGUUUGGCUCCAGGGCUGAUGUUCCCAAAGUCAUGGUGUGGGUGACUGAUGGAUUGUCCACAGAUGACAUAUCUCAGCCAAUGCAACUUCUCAAGGACAUGGGAGUUACAGUAUUUAUUGUUUGCACAACGGGUCGAGGGAAUUUUGAGGAACUGUCUGCAGCAGCCAGUCAACCAGAUGAGAAAAAUACCUUAAAUUUGUAGAUAAGGAUGACCUUGGUAUCAUUACAAAAGAGCUACGGGACUCUAUUAUUGAACUAAUCCAAGCAAAGAGACUUCAUGCACUGGAUAUAACAACUACAAGUUUUCGGCUUAUAUGGCCAAGACUCCUCUCCAGAGACACAGGGCAUUAUAUACUGGAAUUUUCUCCAGUAGCCUAUCCACAGCAGAAGAUGAAGGAGACAUUGCCUGGAGAUCGGACAAGCUUGGUGUUAAAUGAACUAAUCCCAAACACCACCUAUCAGGUGACGCUUUACCCCGAAUCAAAUGUGGAUUAUGUCAGCCCUCAGUCCAUUCAAGUCUCCACUCUUCAUGAAUUAACAGAGGAAAGAAAACUAGAAGCUGAUGAGGUAACAACCACAGGAUUUCAGUUGACAUGGUCCAGCUUGUCUGGAGAUACAGGAAGUUAUGUUUUGGAGUACUCCAUUCUAUCUGAUCCAAAAACCCGGCUCCGGAAGACUUUAUUUGGAGAUGAGACCAGUGUGGUACUUGGUGAUCUAUUACCAAACACAACCUACCAGGUGACACUUACCUCAGGUUCCAUAGAAAAAUCUGUCCAGCCUGAAACAAUCUAUGUCACCACCCUUCCAGAUCUUAAUCCACUCAAGAAACCUGCAGGUUCUGAAUGUAACAAUGACAAGUUUUAAUGUAACUUGGUCAAAGUUACUGGGUGAUACUGGACGUUACUUUUUGGAUUACGCACUGGUAUCUGAUCCAAGGAGAAAGUUACGAAAGACAUUAUAUGGGGAUCAGACUACUGUAGUGGUCAGCAACCUAAUACCAAAUGCCACAUAUCAGAUCACAUUCAGCCCUGAAUCCAGUUUGUCAUAUAUGCAGUCACAGACUAUACAGAUCACCACCCUCCCAGAUCUGAUCAAAGCAAGAAAUUUGCAGGUUUGGAAUAUAACAGCAACAGGUUUUCUCCUGACCUGGUUGGCAUUGCAAGGGGACACAGGGAGUCAUACUGUGAAUUAUGUGCCCAUUUCUAAAACCUGGAGUGAUAUCACAGAUGUUUCUACAUGGAGAGACCAGUGCAGUGGUCAGAGACUUAACUCCAAACACCUCCUAUGAGGUCACAUUUAUCCCUCUGUCCAAUAUGCAGUUUAGCCAAUCACAGACUUUCCAUGUCUCCACUCUUCCAGGACUUGUUCAAACUAGAAAUCUUCAAGCUGUUGAUAUAACAGCUACAAGCUUACGUCUGGUUUGGUCACGAUUACCUGGAGAUCCAGAACUUUAUGUUCUGGAGUAUUCACCAAUUUCUGACCCAAGGUUGACACAACAGAAGAUUUUAUAUGGUGUGGAGGCUAGUGCAGUGGUUGGCGGUCUACUGUCAAAUACCACUUAUCGGAUCACACUCUUCCCUCACUCUGCCCAGCAUGUUCAACCUGAUGUCAUCAUGGUAUCCACUAAAAUAGACCCGGUCCAGAAAAGAGUACUUCAAGUAAAGGACAUAACCUCAACUAGUUUUCUGAUAACAUGGUCAAGACUGCCUGGGGAUUCAGGAAGUUAUACUGUACAUUAUGCACCGACAUCAGAUCCAAGGCAAAUGCUUCGGAAGACUGUGACAGGAGAUGAGGACAGAGUUCUGAUUGAUGGCCUAACCCCAGAUAACACCUACAGAGUCACCCUUAUCCCAGAAUCCAAUGCUCCAGACACCCAGGUUGUAACAAUCCAGGUCUCCACUCUCCCAGACCUGAUCUUAGCAAGGAACCUCCAUAUUAGGGAUAAAACAUCGACAAGUUUCCAACUUGCCUGGUCGCGAUUAUCUGGGGAUACAGGAAACUAUGUAAUAGAGUACGUGCCAGUGACAGAUCUAGGGAAGAAGGUGCAGAAAACCUAUGGAGAUCUGACUAGUGUGGUGUUCAGCAGCCUGGCUCCAAGCACUACCUAUGAGGUGACCUUCAUCCCCGAAUCCAGAGAGUCCACUACCCAAUCACAGACUAUGCUGGUCACCACACUCCCAGAAUUGAUACAAAGGAGAAACCUUCACGCCUGGGACAUAUCAACAUCAAGUUUUAGACUCACGUGGUCAAGACUGAUCACAGACAAAGGCCGAUAUGUUCUGGAGUAUGGUCUGGUAUCGGAUCCACAAAAGAAGCUGAGAAAGAUGUUGACUGCUGAUGAGACCACCAUGCUGAUUGGCAAUCUAAACCCCAACACCAAAUACCAGGCUACGCUGCAUUCUGAAGCCAAUGUUCAGUAUGUCCCUCCACAGUCCAUCCAGAUUGCAACUCUUCCAGAACAACUUGGGCCAGCUCAGAUUUUGAUAUCUGACCCCACGGCACACAGUUUCCGAGUAAGCUGGGGCCCUCAUCUGGAAAGUGUCAUUGGCUAUGAAAUUCAGUAUGGACCACUACCUAGCAAUUCUGUGCAGAAAGUCCAGGUGGACGGCCGAUUCAACACUACCGUUUUAGAAGGCUUAAAAUCAAAUACAACGUACUUGGUCACAGUGUCUGCCAUAUUUAAAUCUGGAGGGGAGAAGGCUUUGUCUGCCAUAGCAUGCACUGAGAUCAAUGGCACUAAAGUGAAGUACCUACGCAUUGAGGACCUACAGUCCAACAGCCUAAAGGCUGUCUGGGGCUCUGCAGAUGGAGAUGUACAGGGUUAUCAGAUAAGGUGUCGGAGACAUGCCAGACGCUUGUCUACAAUUAAUGUGGCUCCAGAGGCUCACAGUGUACAGCUAACAGGCCUGCCUGAAGGUACCACCACAAAGAUCUGUGUUAAGCCAGUGUAUAAGAACGGUGCUGGAAAAAACCUGUGCAAGAAGGUGAAAAUGCAUCCAGGAACGACUGCAAACAGUUAUUCAAGUCUUCAGAUGCAGUUUAAUGGAACAAAACUUGUGGUCCAAUGA